CCUACCGCUUCUCAUUCGCGGGAAAGUCUACUGCAAGGUUCAGCACGUGACCACAACACAAUCAAGUUAAAAACCAGAGUCUUUCCGAUGUACCUCAUUUAUGAUUCAGUCGUGUGAAUUUACACGAGGAAUCCAAGAUGCCUGCCACCGGCGAAGACAACAUACAGGGCGUCAUCGACGAGCCGGCCACCUACAGCGAUGCGGUCGCGUCCUCUUCCGACGAAGAAGUCACCUUCGCCAGCAUGGAAGUCAAAAUCAGCCCGAAGACAGUGUGCGCGACUAGGAAAACCGCGACCUUCGAAAGUCUACCGUCCAGGAGGGACCACGAGGAGUUCAUGAGGCAGUGCACUGAGAUCUUACUCAAGGAUGCGGUAUUCGAAGGGACCAGCAGGAAGAGCAAGGUGUUAAACUACCGCAACCCCGAGGAAUUGCAGAACCUGUUCCAGUUCGACCUGAAGUCCACCCCCUCUUCUCACGAAGAGCUCGUCAAGCUCCUGAGGGAUACCAUCCUUUACUCCGUGAAGACGGGACACCCUUACUUCGCCAAUCAGUUGUUUUCCUCCCUGGACCCUUACGGGUUGGUGGCGCAAUGGCUUACGGACGCCCUCAACCCCAGUGUGUAUACCUACGAAGUGUCGCCUGUGUUUACGCUGAUGGAAGAGACUGUGCUGAGGGAGAUGAGGAGGAUAGUGGGUUUCAAGGACGGUAAGGGGGAUGGAAUUUUUUGUCCUGGUGGUUCCAUGGCUAAUGGAUACGCGAUCAGCUGCGCUAGGUACAAGUUCAUGCCAGACAUUAAGACGAAGGGUCUCCAUUCGUUGCCCCGCUUGGUCCUGUUCACUUCCGAGGAUGCUCACUAUUCCAUAAAGAAAAUGGCCUCGUUCCUUGGAAUAGGCUCCGAUAACGUCUACCUGAUCAAAACCGAUCCCCGUGGUCGUAUGGACGCCGGCCAUUUGGAGCAACAAAUCCAAAGAUCUCUAUCAGAAGACGGUGCCCCGUUUAUGGUUAGCGCUACUGCUGGAACGACUGUGAUAGGAGCGUUUGAUCCUCUGGUGCAAAUUGCAGAUAUAUGCGAGAAAUACGGUUUAUGGUUCCAUGUGGACGCUGCCUGGGGAGGAGGAGCUCUAGUUUCGAAAAAACAUAGGGGACUGCUCAAUGGAAUAGAAAGGGCCGACUCAGUCACUUGGAAUCCCCAUAAACUAUUAACGGCCCCACAGCAGUGCUCUACUUUGCUAUUGCGCCACGAGGGAAUUCUCUCAGCUACUCAUUCUGCUAAUGCUGCAUACCUCUUCCAAAAAGACAAGUUCUACGACACGAAGUACGAUACAGGCGACAAACACGUCCAAUGCGGCAGGAGAGCAGAUGUGCUCAAGUUCUGGUACAUGUGGAAGGCCAAAGGGACGUCAGGACUAGAACGCCACGUAGACAAGGUCUUCGAAAACACGAAAUUCUUCGUAGACACCAUCAGGCACAGGCCAGGGUUCGAACUUGUGAUAGAAGAGCCGGAAUUCACAAAUAUCUGUUUCUGGUACAUUCCCCCUAGUUUGAGGGAAGCAAAGUCCAAUCCGGAUUAUAAAGAGAAGCUCCACAAGGUAGCGCCGAAAAUCAAAGAGAGGAUGAUGAAGGAAGGGACCAUGAUGGUGACGUACCAAACGCAAAAGGAGCAUCCCAACUUUUUCCGAAUAGUGUUCCAAAAUUCAGGCCUUGAAAAGUCCGACAUGAUUUACCUUAUAGAAGAAUUUGAGAGACUUGGAAAUGAUCUGUAAAUCAAUCCGCCUUUGUGUUAUGCGAGAUUUUUUAUUUAUAUUUAUUAGUUUAAUUUGUUUUUCAGUGUAUGAAUUAGGAUUUAUUUGUUAAAUUAUAUCAGUAUUAAUAAACAGACGCGGAUUGUA